GCGAUAGAGGCAGACGUAACGACAGCAUCAUCAUCGGUCCGAGCCAACAACAGCAGCAGCAGCAGCAGCAGCAGCAGCAGCAGCAGCGGCACUCAAGCUAGCCACGCUAGCGUCUCGUAUAGUACCAACAGGCGCGCGAGUAUCUAUUUAUAAUUUCGUCAAACGUAACGGAGGACGAAAAUCGAACGUCAUACCGCGUACGACCACCUACGCCAGCUGCGAGGAAAGCAAGUGCCGAGUGUGAGAUCGGCGCUGGUCGGAGACCGCGAGCGUGACGCGGCGCGGCGCGGCCGCGCCUUUAAACCGCGUAGCCGAAAGACGUAGUAGGUCGAUCGCGUGCGACAUCCUCAUUGUCCUAAAGUUCAAGGAUUCGAUCCUAGUUUGUUGACCGAACGGACGAAUUUUCCGAAUUCGACCACGAGACUUGCGCGUAUCUCCAUGGAGUGCGGCGGAUUCGCUCAUCAUCCUUGAGCGAGUGCCAUCGACAGCAAAGGGAUCCUCCGCUUCCUAUUUCUCUCCGCGACGAAUCUUGCAUCCGCGCACCCUCGUCUAUCUCUUUUUCUCUCCUAUCACGACACCGACCAGUCGAUCCGCGCGCGCGGCUAUCCCGUCGAGAGAGAGAGAGGAGGGUGGUGGAGGGCGCCGCGAGAGGGUGACGACGGUAAAGUGAUAUCGUGACGCGGGUGAAAUAUCGACGAAGAGGAUCGACGAGGAAACGAUCAGCGGCAUCGGGAAGCGGAAGAAGUCGGGAAAUGGGCAAAGUAUCAUGCGCAACAUCGACAACGUAACCCUACGCACAUUGGGGUCCGUCGCAGUUGAGUGUCGUCGCGCGACGUCGCCAUCAUCGUCGGCGUAGUAGCGCCUCGCCCGAGGCGAGGAACCCGUUUGGCGACCGAUCGGUUCGUGGUGCGCGUACCUAUGUGUCCGUCCGGGAGUCCGUAAAGACCUCGCGAGGACGACGUGAGCUUAGGGCUGUUACGUUAUUCGGCAGAGGUGCGCGCUGGGAGCAUGCGGGCUUCGGGCGAGGCCCGGCGAGGCGGUCCCGCGGGUGGACCGGGCUAAAGGAACGAUCGCAUAUCGGGAGGGACACUCGCGAACGCGGGCACGGUGCGCCCGCGGCCGUGCCCGCACCCGCAUCCCCCUAUCUCAGCGUCGCGCCGGCCACGCGCCGAUCAGGCUGAUCCUAAGGACGCGGGAAGCGAGCUGGACUCGCUUUCGUACGCAUGGAACAUGAUAGAGAUGUCGAGUGGACUCGGUGCAACUGCAAUGGGGAUUGGCGUUAGUCACGGGACAGGUGGCGAAAGUGUAGCUGGUGGUUGUCGUCUCCGUGCACAGAAUCAAGGCCAGGCCUCGGGAUCCACGAUGCAGCAUAGUAAUCCGCAGCAGUCGUCUCAACAGCAGCAGCAGUCACAACAGCAGCAACAGCAGCAGGCGCCUGCGUCACAGCAGCAGUCGCAACAACAACGCCAGACGGUCGGAUUCAUGGGCCGAUCGAAGAAGGACAACUGUUGCCUAUGCUGGUGCUGUUGUUGCAGUUGCUCGUGUAGGAAUAAAUGUUUGGCGGCGGUCGGUGGUAAUUCGACGGGCACCGGUGGAGCGGGUGAUCAAGGCAAGAAGAAGGGCAACGCCGGCGUCGGCGGCGAGCAUGGUGGCGGCAUCGGCGUCACCGAUCUCGCGGGCGCAGGUGCAGGUAACGGUCUCGACGGAUCCGAUGGCCUCGACGGUGGCCUCGAGUGUUGCAGCUUGGAAGAUGUCCGAGCCUGGGGCUCGUCCUUCGACAAACUAAUGAGGAGCGCCGCCGGACGCAAGCUCUUCAAGGAGUUCCUCGUGAGCGAGUACAGCGAGGAGAACAUCGCCUUCUGGCUGGCCUGUGAGCAACUCAAGCGUGAGAGCAAUCCCGAGACGAUCGAGGAGAAGGCGCGCUACAUUUACGAGGAAUACAUAUCCAUACUUUCGCCGAAAGAAGUGAGUCUGGACUCGCGGGUACGGGAGAUCGUAAAUCGCAACAUGGUGGAACCUACGCCGCAUACUUUCGACGAGGCGCAGCUACAAAUCUACACCCUUAUGCAUCGGGACUCUUAUCCGCGUUUCGUCAACAGCGAGAUUUACCGGAGGGUAGCCAGAUUGAAUAGCAGCAGUCCACCCAGCCCGAGCACCGGACAGGAGCACGGUAGCGGGAAGACAAAAAGCAAGCGGGGGGCAACGUAAUCGUGACGGAUGGUCCAGGGACAUUGGGGGCGCGGACCAAGACCUCCAAAACCAAAAGCACCUUCAGACCAGACCAUGCGUCGAUCAGCCGAGAAUCAUUCGGCGGCGAGUUCGCGACUGGCAACACUCCCCUCGACGGAGAGCCUCCGUCGAGGUGAAGAAUCAUUGCCCGAGCGGACAUGGUCGAUGGAAUUAAUCCCUCCCGGGAGGAGCCAUUCCCCUAGAAUGGACGACGACGAUCUUUCUGAUCGCUUGUCGAAUCGCUCACACACGGGAGCCAGGAGCUUGUUUAGUGAUUCGCUCUUCCACGCGAAGACGCAACGGGGCCACGUAAUCGCGCUCGUCAUUGCACAUGAGCCAUUACAACAGCGAUAAUGAUGAUGGUGAUGAUAAUGAUAAUGUUGAUGAUGAUAAUGAUGAUGGUGGAUUGAACGUACGACGAAAUCGCGAUCGCGGUCAAUCGCGUAGAUCACAGAUCGCGGCGUUCCACUUCCAGAGAUUCGGUGCAAGCGAAUGCACGCAGGGCGGUGGAUCGUAACCGGAGAAAGAAAGGUCACGCGAUCGCACAGGGAUGACGGACACCGUCGCGAAUACCAUCGAUCUCUCGAGUUCGUCGAUCUUCGAGCCACACAAUCUAUUCUCGUUGCCGUUGCAGUUUAGAGGUUCGCGUAGGAGAUCGACUCGAGCUCGCGACUUUCUUCCUCUUUUUCGCUCUUCUCGGAUUGAAAGCGAAUUCGAUUCGAAUCACAUAGCUUAUGUAUCUCAUGAUUCAUUACAAAUAGUUAAAAUAUCUCUUUAUUUCUUAGCAAGUAUAUUGAAAGAAAAAAAGAAGAAAAAUUAGAAAAAUCCUUUUACCUAUUUUUCAAUCAAGUGCGCGUGUGUAAAAUAGGAAAAAUGUGAUUCCAAUUGAACUCGCUGUACUAAAAGAGUUGUUGACCAUCUGGUUUAAAUCUAAUAUAUGCAACAAAACGAGAUGUUCGUAAUAUGUAGCAUACGAUUGCAGUUAUCUGAGGUGUUUGAUUGAAGCAAUGAUAAUAAUCGCUGCAUAUGAUAGUCGUCCGUUCGAAAUUCCGCGAGAAUAUACAAUUUUUACCGCGAGAGAUAAGUAGUACGAGCUCGCAAAUCGAUGCUUCGCGAAACAAUGGAUACUCAUUCUCUCUCAGAACGCUUUUGAACGGAUCUCAUCGAUCGUAUCUCCUGUGAACUUAUCGUUAGAUUAACGCGCGUAUAGGAGCUCGUCGAGAGUAUAGAUUUAAUCUGCUCAAGAUCGAAUUUGCCGGUUGCUCUCUUUCUCUUAUUUCUGCGACAUUUAUCUUCCACGAUUGGAAGAAAAUCGAGUCUCAACGUCGUUUUACAGCCCGCUGUAACGUCAGGGUAACGCAUUGUAAACAUAACGUAUUUUUUAUGAUCGCGCAUUUUUCUAUAAUCGCCAGUAGUCCGUGUCCGAGUCUUCCUCAUCGAGGAAGAUAGGAUCGCGAGAAUCAUACGUACUUAUUCAGAAAAACGAGAAGAGCCUUGAGAAAGAGAGAGAAAGGGGGAGAAAAAGAAGGAGAUUGCGGUUCUUCAUCAAACAUACCUCGGCGUUCGCUUCCAUCGCGCUUUCAGAAGAAUUGUCGAUGGACGGUGAUUUUCUUCGCUUCUGGUGCGUCAUCCCCAUGGCGGAUAUCGAGCUACUGCCAGCGAGAACACACCAAAGAUCGAACGUGCGUCGAAGCCAACCAAUUUGACGAUCACCAAAGAGAAGAACGACUCAAUCCGAUGAAUACGUUACAUACAAACGCGCACACAAUCACACGAAAUACACGCACAUACAUAUGUAUACGUGUACAGGAGACACGCACACACGUACUCACGCUGACGUAAUGCGCGUACGCUCGUGUAAAAUCUAGUCAUCAUCACGCGAAAAUGCGAUCCGGAUACGCGUGAUUGUGGAAAAAAAAGGCCUAAACACGAGAAAAAAAUAACAAGUGUCCCGCAAACUCACGCGAAAUCAAGGCGUCGAAAUUAGAUUGUCAUCAUUGAUACGGAAAAAAAAGAAAAAAGAAACAUAAUGAGAGAAAGAGAGAGAAGUAAAAGGGCGUAAAGCGGUGAGUCAUCACGGCGCGAACGCAAUUCUUAGUAUUAAUUCAUAAGUAUAUACAUAAGUACGGAAUAGAAUCUAAAAUAAAAAUAAAAAAGAAUCAUGACGACUCGAUCGUCAUCGGUGAUCGCGAGCGAUUCGCGUCGCGAUGCCUGCUCGCCGCCAAAAUUUCUUCUCGGCCGCGAUGCGCUUCGACAAAUCGCCCGUCACAUGGACAAUUUGCCUUCGCCUUCGGAUUUACCCUCCAUUUCCAGAAAUCUUGCACAUUCUUUUCGUGGUAAGUCUACGUCUGAGAUUUAUUGCAUGGCAUUGUAUAUUUGAUAUGGUAAGUAAUGUAAGCGCGCUGAAGAGAGAAUUUGUAUCAGAUAUUGUGUUAGAACGAGAGCGCACGUUGGUAGAAAAGUGUCAGAAAAAAUCAUGGAGCUAAUAUUAAAUAUAAAUCUAGCUUAAUAUAAUGUCUCCCCUCCCUAAGAAAUUUUUCGGCGUUUAUAAUACUUGUGUCAGCCACAUGUUUCGUUGGAUGAAAAUGUCAGACGUAAACUUGCCGUUAUAUCUCAUGAGACCGAUCUUUGCUCUCUCUUCUCGAUCGCGACGCUUGGUCGACGCAUAUCGUAAGCUCAAAAAACCGACUCGUUACUUACUUUUUCUUUUUUUGCACAAUGCUGGAAAUGCAACGACGGAUAACGGGGAUAUGAUAUUCGCCGUCAUCGAUGAAACGACCAAAAGAGCGGUAAAGUUCGAGCGCAUCGCUGCGCGCCCGCGCAAUCUCCAUUCGCGAUAUGUCAAGCGUAUACAUAACACACACAAAAAGCGCACGUGCUCUCCCGAGGAUCAUCGAAAUGACGGGAGGGCGAGACGAUAUACGAGCGCGCAUCUCUCUAGUCAAAUCGUCGGCAUCGUCGCGAGCGGACAGCACAAGCGACAACACUCGCACAGUCAGUCAGCGUUUGGCUACUGCCCUGUAGAUAAUAUAUAGAUAGAAUGUCGAGGAGAAUGCUCGGACUCUUCGCUCUCUCUUCUCUUGUCUCCAGCAGGGCUGUUCAUUUAGGAUCUCAACGCGGCUUCCGGAGGCCUCGCGUCGGCAUCGUCGAUGAAAUUAAGCGGUGAGAUUGCUCGAACGUCGUCUUCACUAAUAAACGCACAAUUUUCUCAACCUUCGAUCCCCUGCUUCUUUCUUCACGAGAAAAUUUCCCUUAAGAUCCAUAUAGGGCGGAGAGGUAAGGGCAUGUUAGAGCCAUCAUCAGCACAGCUGCGAUCGUGCAUGAAUCUCUCCCGACCAUUGCAUAUUCUGAUUUUCCGUUUUUAUCCGAGGCAAUCAGCAAACUCGUACGAUGCGACGUAUACAGGUAAGAGUUCUGUCAUUUUAAAAGUUCUCGAUCGAACGCGAGUUUAUCUUGAUGAAAUGCUCAACACGAAUCUGUUUUUCAGACUGAACUAUACUGAACUAUUUGGGAAGAAUGAACUCUCUGGUGAAGCGUCAAGAACAUCGUUACAAAUAUUAAUAUGAUAUUUGUAUUUAUUAUAAUGAUUUUUAUAAUUAUCAAAUAAGAGAUACAUUGAUUAUGUUAUAUUAUAUAUUUAACAAUAAGAAAUAUUUAUGACAAUCUUGACAGAGAAGUAUAUAAGAUAGAAAACAAAAAGGAAUAUUCAUUGAAAUAUAAAAAUUUAAUUAUUAGCAAAAGUUUAAUAUAUAUAAUUUCUUCAAAAAAAUAAAUAAUAUACAAUUUUUUUA